AUGAAGUACUCUGCUAUUCUUUCUUUGGCUACUGCCAUUUCUGGUGCUCUUGCCCAACCUAUCCAACACGGUCAUCACCAACACAAGCGUGAACCUGUUGUUGAGUAUGAAACUGUUCAAGUUACCCACUAUGUGACUGCCAAUGCUGCUGCUGCCACUGCUGUUGUUUCUGCUGCCAAUGACUUGGCUACUGCUGUUGUCAACCCAGUUGUUGCUGCUGCUGCCAACAGCGCAUACUCUGCUCCUGCUCCUCAGGCCCCUCCUCCAGCUGCCACUUCUUUUGCUACUGUUGCUGCUGCUUCUUCUCCUGCCGCUCCUGCUCCUGCUCCUGCUGAGUCCAGCAGUUCUUCUGCCGCUGCUGCUGCUCCUUCUUCCGGCUCGGGUUCUUCUUCUCCUAGCGGUUCUGCUGGUAGUGCCGGUGCCCUUGGUAUCUCUUACUCUCCUUACACCAACAGCGGUGGUUGUAAGUCUGCUUCUCAAGUCGCUGCCGACCUUGCUGAGCUCACUGGUUACAACGUCAUCCGUAUCUACGGUGUUGACUGUAACCAAGUCGCUAAUGUCUAUGCUGCUCUUGCUCCUGGACAAAAGUUGUUUGCCGGUGUCUACGACAUUGGUAACGUUGCUGGUGACCUUGGUACCAUCAAGGACGGUAUCAACAACGAUUGGAGUGUCAUCCACACCAUCUCCAUUGGUAACGAGCUUGUUAACGGUGGUCAAGCCACCCCUGCCCAAGUCGGUUCUCUUGUCGGCCAAGCCCGUGGUAUUCUCCAAUCUUACGGAUACACUGGUCCUGUUGUUGCUGUUGACACUUUCAUUGCUGUCAUCAACAACCCUGAGCUCUGUCAAUACUCUGACUACAUGGCUGUCAAUGCUCACGCCUUCUUUGACGGUGGUGUUACUGCUUCUCAAGCCGGUCAAUGGGCUCUUCUCCAAAUCCAACGUGUCUACUCUGCCUGUAACGGUGCCAAGUCUGUCCUCAUCUCCGAGUCCGGCUGGCCCAGCCAAGGUGACUCCAACGGAGUCGCCGUUCCUUCGUCCGAAAACCUCCAAACCGCUGUCUCUGCUCUCAAGAGCUCUGUCGGCAACGACUGUAUUGUCUUCAACGCCUUCAACGACCUCUGGAAGGCUCCCGGCUACCUCAACGUCGAGCAAUACUGGGGAAUCUACGGCAACGGCAACUAA